AUGCAGUCUUUCACCUUGGGAGUUGCCGCUUUGGCAGGCAUCGUGAAUGCUCAGGUGCUGCCGACAAUAACAAUCUCGCCUUUCCUCACCUCUACAACAUCUACUUCUAUAGCUACCGGGACACCAGCAUUGGCCUCGGCGACCGGAAGCGCUUCUGCUGCCGCCGCGCAGACGCAUACUAUUGCCGUCGGAGCGUCUGGGUUUGCCUUCUCGCCCGCGAAGACGGAAGCCAACGUUGGCGAUACUAUCGAAUGGAUCUUCUACCCAGAUGCUCACUCGGUUAUCCGAGCCGAGUUUGGCUUCCCUUGCACACCAUACGAGUACAUUGACAUUGGUCGCGAGGGCUUCUACAGCGGAAACCAGUCGGUCAAGGCCAUCACGAAUGAUAUGCCACGGUACAGACUUCGUGUCAAUGACACGCUUCCGAUCUUCUACUACUGCGGUGCCCCGGGGUCAUGCUAUAAGGAGAAGAUGAUUGGUGUGAUCAACGAAAACUCAACUCAGACCCUCGACAAACAGCUCGAAGCAGCCUUUCCACUAACCACCCAGAUUCUUCCGGGCGAACCCUUCCCAACUGAAUCGGAUGCUCCAAAGGCAACCAACGGCGGCUCCAGCUCUUCCGACAACGGUGCUGUCAUCAACAACUACCAUCACAGUGUAAGCGGCGGCCAAAUCGCCGGUAUCGUGAUUGGCUCUCUAGCUUUCCUGCUCCUGGGAGGCCUAUUAGUAUACUUGUGCGGCCGACGAGGCGGCAUCAACCGCGCAUACCGGAGAACCUCGACCGCAUACCAGGCACCUCCCCCGGCACAAUCCCAACCCGCCGUCACGGAGCUCAACUACUCGAUGCAACCCAAGAGCCCGGCAACUCAGGGAUGGAGAAGCAGUCACUACAGCAACUUCAGCGGUCCCUAUCGUGACAAUGCCACUCCCACGGCAUUCUCCCCUCAACUGAGCCCCCAACCUACCGGAUUCUCCCAUCCCGUCAACGGCAUGCAGACAUACUACGACCACCGCAUUUCGUCUAUAGCUCCUAGUGUCGUCGUCGAAGCUCCGGACAACCAGGCGACAGCCCCUGCUGCGGUCCCUGCUGCACCCGCCGCUGCGCCAGUCGAGCUGCCAACGGCGACAGAUUCGGGUAAUUCUCCACCACCCAGAUACAUGCCACGUUUCUCAUUCGCAGGGCAGGAAAGUGAUUACCGACCAUCGAGAAAGGACAUGGAGUGA